UACCAGAAAGCUUUAUAUAGCGGGCUGAUUGCUGGAGUCUGCACGCUGUUGGAGUUGCUCUUGGAACAUGGGGACGAAACAGACUCAAACGUGUGCAGCUGGGCAGGUCAGUUUUCUGCUGAGGGCAGCCCUGCUCUCCGUCCUGCUGUGCAGCCCGCAGACGGUGCUGUCAGAAUCGGAUGAGGCGGUCCUGACUGAGUGGCAGAUCUGGAAAAGAAGCCACGGCAUUAACUACGAUGAAUUGCAGGACGACAUGCAGCGGAGGGCCAUCUGGGAGGACAACAAGAGGAAUAUUGAAGACCACAACCAAGGCUUUCUUAUGGGGAGGAGGUCCUUCACCAUGGCCAUGAAUAAAUAUGGAGACCUUACAAGGCAGGAAUACCAAAAUCUGCAAGGAGCCAUGAUCAAUGCCCGGUUCGCUGCCAGAGGGAGGGAGGUUUCGGCUCGAAGACUGCGCUACAACGCCAAGAAACGAGAGACUCGGUUUGUUGACUACAGGAACAUGGGCUAUGUCACCGAGGUUAAAGACCAGGGUUACUGUGGCUCUUGCUGGGCUUUCAGCACCACAGGGGCGAUAGAAGGUCAACUCUACAAGAACACGGGUCAGCUGGUGUCUCUGAGCGAGCAGAACCUGGUGGACUGCUCCAAACCGUAUGGCACCAGCGGGUGCAGCGGCGCCUGGAUGGCCAACGCCUACGACUACGUGAUCAGCAACGGCCUGCAGGCGACAGACACCUACCCGUACACCUCCGUGGACACGCAGCCUUGUUUCUACGACAGCAGGCUUGCAGUGGCUCACAUCCGAGACUACAGGUUCAUUCCCAGAGGAGACGAGCAGGCACUGGCUGAUGCCGUGGCGACCAUUGGGCCAAUUACAGUGGCUGUCGAUGCUGAUCAUGCCAGCUUCCUCUUCUACAGCUCAGGAAUUUACGACGAGCCCAGCUGUAACCCCGAUCACCUGAGCCACGCAGUGCUCCUGGUGGGCUACGGCUCUGAGGAUGGUCAGGACUACUGGAUCCUCAAGAACAGCUGGGGGAGCAGCUGGGGUGAAGGGGGAUACAUGCGGAUGGUCCGGAACGGCAGGAACACUUGUGGCGUCGCAAGUUAUGCAUUGUACCCGAUUCUAUGAUUCUGGCAACUCUAGAAAAAAACGUCGCUCUGAACUCAAACAGCACGUUUCAAUUUUGUAUUCUUAAGAUAGACAGUUUGCUUCUCUCAGGGACGUAGAAGAAAUUAUUAUUCGAAGCUAGAUUUUCAACUAUUCAGAUAUUUCUGUGUUUGUAAAACGUAUUGAAAAUAAAAUUUGAAAUAAAAUUGGAA